UCUGAUUAGAUUUUCUGUGUGGAAAAGGGAACAAACACAGGCUUUCAUCGAAUUGGUUGGAAAGCGCACACGUCUAUACAGAAAUGCAAUAUUGUAUAGCGUAUAGCUAUUCUCUGUGCGCAUAGGGUUGUAUAUCGCUAAAAUUAGUGUGGCGUUUUGAUCGGCGAUAGCAGCUUUGGUUUUGACUUGGGGAUAUUCCCAUAACAUAUUUUGAACGUUUACAUGUUGAACCCAUGCUCUCUGUGACCCCAAGAAUAAUGGAAUAUUGUGAAUUAUAGUGGAGUAGACUAGUCCUACGAAAUUAAUCAAGACAAUAGGCUAUUUUGAUUCAAUUGAACAAAGAAUCAACAAUAAAAAAUCUUGCGAAUAGUGUCAUAGCCUAUCUUGUAGGAUAGAGUAUGCAAAAAAAAAACGUACAGUUCGUGUAACGUGUGCAAUUCACUUAUUUAUUUAGCCAAACAUCAACACUGUAUGCCUACGAAGAAAUAAAAUGUGUCUGAGAAAGUUUAAUAACAAAAUGUAUCUACUUGUCAUCACCGAAAUCCACGUUGAAAUGCAGAAGUUCCACUGCCUUGCUGCUGCUGCCUGGUUGUGGCCACUGCACUAUUGAGCACAGCAUCAUCGCGCGCUCAGACGCACGCGGGCAUCCUACGAGCUGGAGUCCCGAGAGCACUCUGGCCGGUUCGUUUUGUCUCCUUGUGAUCUCUUAUCCUUGCCUUUUGUUUAGUUUUUACACUGAAAGGAAUCAUUCUGUGGUUGAUGGUUUCGGCUGCCUGUCGCAAAAUUGGAGUACUUUUGGGUCGGAAUGUUUUACGCAUGAAGGCAGCUGGAUGUGUUCUGAAUGUCGGACCUCAUGCCACCGAUGUUUUCAAUGGAUUUGAAUAGAGUGGAAAUACCUUCGGAAUAAAAUCACGAAGUUUUUUUUCUAUACGUUCUAUAAAUUCCAUUGUAACAAGGCAUCACACGGAUAGAAACGCAAUGAUCUUCGUCACUCUUUAUGUCGUUCUGCCUCUUUUAGAUGUUUUGUAUGCCCAGGAGAAUGCCCUUUCUGGUCCCAACCGCCUCGAUUGUGUCAAGGCGAGUGAGCAGUGUAUGAAGGGGCAAGGAUGCAGUACCAAGUAUCGGACAAUGAGACAGUGCGUUGCUGGAGGGAAGGAGAGAAACUUUAGCAUGGUGGCUGGACUGGAGGCGCAGGACGAAUGUCGGAGUGCCAUGGACGCAGUCAAGCAGAGCCCCCUGUACAACUGCAGGUGUAAAAGGGGCAUGAAGAAAGAGAAGAACUGCCUUCGCAUCUAUUGGGGAAUUUACCAGACUUUGCAGGGGAACGAUUUCCUGGAGGACUCUCCUUACGAGACCAUGAAUAGCCGCCUCUCUGACAUAUUCCGACUGGCCCCCAUUAUUUCAGAGGAAGGGGUCAGCAGCAACCCCUGGAGCGGCCCCGUCACCGUGCCCACAGGGAGGGGGCCCCAGGGCAGGGGCCGAGCAGUGGAGGACCCCAGUAGAAACAGGAGAGCUCAUCCCAAUUGGGCAAUUCUGGGCGAGCCCGUGGUGACGAGGGGGAACAACUGUCUGAACGCAGCCAAGGCCUGCAACCUGAAUGACACCUGUAAGAAGUACCGCUCAGCCUACAUCAGCCCCUGCACCAGCCGUGUCUCCACUGCAGAGGUCUGCAACAAGCGCAAGUGCCACAAAGCCCUGCGGCAGUUCUUCGACAAGGUGCCACCCAAGCACAGCUACGGCAUGCUGUUCUGUUCCUGUCCAGCCGGCGAUCAGUCGGCCUGCUCCGAGCGCCGGCGCCAAACCAUCGUACCAGUCUGUUCCUAUGAGGACAAGGAAAAGCCCAACUGUCUCUCCCUGCAGGCCUCUUGCAAGACCAACUACAUCUGCAGGUCCCGUCUGGCUGAUUUCUUUGCCAACUGCCAGUCUGAGCCACGCUCCCUCUCUGGCUGUCUUAAGGAGAACUACGCUGACUGCCUGCUCUCCUACUCUGGCCUCAUCGGUACAGUGAUGACGCCCAACUACCUGCGUUCUCCUAAGAUCAGUGUUGUUCCCUACUGUGACUGCAGCAGCAGUGGUAAUGGCAAGGAGGAGUGUGACAAGUUCACAGAGUUCUUCACAGACAACACCUGCCUCCGCAAUGCCAUCCAGGCGUUUGGGAACGGGACAGACGUGGGAGUGUGGCAGCCCAUGCCUCCGGUGCAGACCACCACCUCCACCACCACUCCUUCCCAGAAGGCUAAGGACCGCUCCCCCAACUCACUGGAUGCCACCACAAACACCAACCAUCUCAACGCAGGAGACGAGUCCCUCUACCACUUCUGUGGCAGCUUGCAGGCUCAGAAACUGAAGUCCAACAUCUCAAUCGAUGGUGUGCUUUGCGUGGACCCACAGAUCAACGACCCCGGUAUAUCCAACUCCAUCUCCAGGAAUUCAGCCGGGCUGCCGUCAUGUCAGGCACACCUGUACUCACUGCUGCUCCUGCUGGCCGUGCUGCUACACUGCACCCUGGCGGCGCUCUACCCCGCGACAGUCUUGUAGCCAUGCUACCUUUCCAAAACAUGGACAGACUCAAUUUGUAUAAAGAAGAAAUUAUAUUCUCUGUUCCCAGUAUACAUGUUGUAUUUUUAUUUCCCUUCUCUCUGAUUCCUUUUUUAAUUCUAGUUUAAAGAAACAUUACGUUGAAGUGUGCUAAAGUGAUCUCAGUGUAACUCAGUUUUGCUCUGUUUUCUCUUGUUUCUGUUUUAUGAAGGGAAAAGCUUCUAUUUCGGUCACUGGGCGAUCAUGAAAAUGCAUUGCUACAUUCCAAUACACAAUGGCUGGUGGCUUUUGGGCAGUUCCUGGUACGAGUCCUUCACAUGGGAUCUAAUGUAUUAAUAAUGGUAUUGUCAUUAAGCAGGCGCUUUUAUCCAAGUGAGUUUGUGUGUUGAGGCUGAGGUCUUUGAAGCAUAAAGUCCCCAUCACUUUGAUCGCAAUGGUUUACAUGAGGUAGGCAGCUUUUUAGGUGUCAAUAUAUCUCAUCUGUGGCGUGCGUGUGUGUUUUGAUAUGGUGUCUGCCAUCCUUUCACAUUUGAGAAGAAAGAAUUUGAAGAUGUGGAUGUGGAUGGAGCUAUGAGGGCCCAGAGCUCAGACAGUAUAGAUGGCUAGACCACAAUGAAGUCUUGGCUUUAGAACCUUUGAUCUAAAAUGGCUACAGAACUCCUUAUUCUGUUGGGUGCCACGUUUGUGUCACCAACUCAGCCCGCUGCAGCAAAACACACAUAUUAAGAGCUCAUUUAAACAUUGUAGCUCAGGCAACGCACGCAUGCAAAAAGCACAUGCGCAAAGACCAGCACACACAUACAGUACACACUCACACCCACAUGUAAAGGCUGGUUUCUCCCUAACAUGUACAUUAAGCUAUUUGACUGAAGGUUUGGGUGAUAUGGUGAUUGUACAUUGUGGAAUUUGACAUUCUUUUGGUCUUUCAAAGCAGUCUGACAUACAGUUGAAGUCGGAAGUUUACAUACACUUAGGUUGGAGUCAUUAAAACUCGUUUUUCAACCACUCC